AGCAGAAAAAUAUUCCAGAAAAUACUAUUUGAAAAUGGCUGGGAUGAUUUUGAGGAAAACGUAACCGAAUAUAUCCCCAGAUAUCCAUACCUUUAGAACAAUGUGAAGAUCAAACCAGGAUAACCAGAUAUAGAUCCUGAAAACUGGAUAUAAAUCAUUACGCAUGAAAACUGGAUAUAAACUCCUUAUUCUGCCACCUGGAAAUGAAUAUUUUGUGAAAUUGAAAAAAGUGAAAGUGUCAAAGAAUGGUGUUUUGUCUCUGAGGAGGUUCAAUUAUUAGAAAAAGACAUAUUUCGGCGCAAAAAUCUGUCAAGAUUGUGAUAAACACUCCUAUGCAAUCAAUUACUUUACAUCUGUAAAAUCUUCUUUCCAAGGGCUACAAAAACUAUUUGAGCAGUAAAGUGAAACUACCUGUCAACAUUUCAAAGUCGACCCGAUCUCAAUAUUUGAACGCAUUGGUGAAGGAUGUGGUUGAUCUGGGUGCUAAUAUUGGUUUUAAGAUUUGCAGGGGGCGGCAGAGAAGCAACAGCUUUGCUAGAUCCUUGCAGAAAAUAUAGUUGUGAAGCAGUGUCCACAAAGCUGAUGACGCAUCAAGAGUUUAAACACUUUGAUCUCCGAGAAAAGAAAAGGAAUCCAUCUUGGAAAAAAGGCGCCUCUAAUUCAAAAUGGAGGACGGAAAAAUUGACAGGAAAUGAUUUGUCUUGGACCAGAAUACUCAAAUCUAAGAAAUUCAGAGAUUUAGCAAAAUACAGAAAUUCUACAAAGUCAGUCCAAGAAAGAAGAGGAAGCUCAAAUUCGAGCAACUUGGAGAGAAAAGAGAUCAAUAAAAGAAGGCUAUCAAGAACACUGCACAGAAUUAAAAGAAUGACGAGAAAGCAUGCUCGAACUGUUCUGAAACUAGACACCGCUGUAAAAAGAAGAAAAACUAAAGGAUGCAACAAAUAUGCAAUAUUUAAGGUUUUUGGAAGUGAUUUUCAGCUUUGUCUUGUUCUUGGACUCUUUCUAGACGAUUCGAUCCUUCGUUCAGAUCUCAGAGUAUCUAUAUAUGGGAAUGGAAGUGAAUACAGAACCCGGAAACUCUCCAGUAUGUAUCUACAGCUAGCUGAGGGUCAUCUCAUAGGACAGGUAAACUAUACCAGUCUGUAUCUACAGCUAGCUGAGGGUCAUCUCAUAGGACAG